AUGGCUAUUGGCUACUUGCCAGUUGCCACUAUCCACUGGCGACCUCAUAAUGCAACAGACACCCUCAUGCAAGGUGAUAUGCUCAAUUCUUCCGUUCCUCUUGUUUCAAGAAACGAGAAAUUCACCUUGAGCUUUUUCCGUAGCCCGCAACGUUCCGGGAACGGGUGGUACUUGGGAGUAUCGUCAGGAGAUAAUAUUGAGGGACAGUCUAUCUGGGUAGCCAAUCGAGAGAUGCCUAUCCGAGAUGAUUCAGUGGUCCUUCUCAUAGAUGAAACUGGUUCACUACUCAUAAAACACAAUAGUGGGGAUUCUAUCAAGCUAUUUUCAGGUCAAUCUAGAACCAAUUUAGCUGCUGUUUUGCAAGAUGAUGGAAACUUCGUAUUGAAAGAAACAAACUCUGAUGGGACUGCGAAUUCCGAACCGCCCUUGUGGCAAAGUUUUGAUCUUCCGACGAAUUCUCUCUUGCCGGGAAUGAAACUGGGGAUCAACGACAAGACUGGUCAGAACUGGUCACUUACAUCAUGGCUAAGUUAUUCUCUACCGACUCCAUGGGCUUUCACUUUGGAAUGCUGCUCCAUGUUAUCAAAGGAUGGAAACAGUGUUACAAGUUUGUGGUUGACGAGUGUGGAUCCUUGUGGAUACAUGACUCGUAAAUAUCUUUUUCGGUCUUUAUUAUGCGACGGAACACCACAGAUUUUGGUUGUAAGAGAUGGAAGAUCUAUCUUGCAGGCAUGGUCAAAAGUUGGAAGAAGGGCGAUUUCUAACAACGAUCCUCAAAUUAUUCGUGUAUCUGACAACAGGGCAGAUCUGAGCUUAAGUGACUGCAAGGACAUGUGCUGGAAAAAUUGUACUUGUGUUGGAGUUCAAGAAAAGGCCCUAAUCCUGAUGGGACAGGCUGCACGUUUCUCUCUGGACCUUUGA